AUGAGAAAUGGUGACGAUAAUGUGAAAAUUGAUACAUUGACGGGCGACGUCGAGCAAAAAAACGGCGGCGUGACGCCAAGCGAUGGGUUGCCGACGAAGCCGGUGCGCAUCGCGAAUCUCGCCGACGAGCCCGAUUUUCAGUUGAAAGUCGAUCCGCUGGAGGUGCGCUUCAAGUACAUCGCGCCGAAUCCGGCGUUCGCCGAAAUUCGCAUCACCAACAUCACCGACAAGCGGCAAUUCUUCAAAAUCAAAUCGACCAACAAUCGAUUGUUUCAAAUUCAGCCGACGGUUGGCUUUCUGCAGCCAAACACCAUCAGCUAUAUCAAGGUGACAAUGAACGACACGGCGACGAAACAGCCCGAAAACCAUCACUACAUUGCGAUUUUUCAUCUCAAAUCGACGUCAAAUGAUGUCGACGAGGCGAGCAAAGCGUGCCGAAAAUCGUUUGAUGGUGUGAUUCGACUUCGAAUCGCCUAUGAUCGUGAAGGCGGCGCCGCCGACGAGGGCACGAAAACCAUCGGCAAUUAA